AUGAAAAUUACUAGACGCCAACUAGAUUUUACUGCUGCACUGCUUUCCCCUAAAUUGCGCAUUGGACCGGCGUAUGCUGAUGAGCGGAUGCUCGAUGUUGUAACCGAAAAUAUUGUUUUCAAAAUGGAUAAGACAAUCUGCAUUAUGCAUUUAGGAGGGACACAGCAGUACUUCUUCACAUUAUAA